CUGGCGACACGUGCAAGAGGGAUGGCGAGAUUGUGUGGUACAAGGUGACAUCGCCACGAAACGCUUACCAUGUCCAGCGAUGCACAGGACGAUGCGAAGCCAAUUGCAGAGGAUAAUGAUGCUGUUGCAGCCGAGAAGGUAGAGGAAGAUGAACAGAAUAGUAAUACCCAAGCAGGUGAGUCGGAACCGCUGUCAAAGCGACAGAGGAAGAGGCUCCUGAGACACCAGCAGUGGGAGGAACAGAGGGAUCUUCGCAAGCAGAGGCGCAAGGAGAAGAAGCAGAAGAGGCGACUGGAGCGGCUGGCCCAGGGUGAGGAAGGGGCCGAGUGCGGGGGGAGGAAGCGGCAGCGGAGAGAUGCUACGCCCAGCACCCUGAGGCUGGUGGUGGACUGCAGCUUCGACAGCCUCAUGGUCCUCAAGGAUGUUAAGAAACUCCACAAGCAAAUUCAGAGGUGCUAUGCGGAAAACAGGAGAGCCGUACACCCUGUGCAGUUUUAUUUGACGAGCCACGGUGGACAGUUAAAACAGAACAUGGAUGAAAACGACAAAGGAUGGGUGAACUGGAAGGACAUCAGGAUCAAGCCGGAGCACUUCCACCAGGUCAUGAACAAGGAGGAGCUGGUCUACCUGACCUCAGAUUCGCCCAACGUCCUGACGGAGCUGGACGAGAGCAAGGCCUAUGUAAUAGGAGGGCUGGUGGACCACAACCACCAUAAGGGGAUCACCUUUGAGCGCGCUCAAGAAUUGGGCAUCGACCACGCGCAGCUCCCCCUGGGCAGCUUUGUCAAGAUGAACAGCCGCAAAGUGCUGGCCGUUAACCAUGUUUUUGAGAUCAUCUUGGCGUAUCUGGAGAAGAGAGACUGGCAGGAGGCCUUCUUCACCAUCCUGCCCCAGAGGAAAGGGGCAGUUCCCAUGGGCCAGGAGGGCUUGGCCUCUGGGGACAAGGCUGAAGAGCAGGACUCCGACAGUGAUUCUGACUCAACAGAGGCAAUCUCACAAAACUGCUCAGGCACACAGGACCAACAGGAGGACAGUGAGCAGAGAGAACAGAAUGCUGGAAACAGCCAAUCAGAGCAGGCCGCCACAGAAGGGACUGCUGCAUAGACCAAAACAGCCCCCACUUUCUUGUUAUUUUUGAAGUGGGUAGGGGUGGUGCAUAAAUUGCUCUUGGUGUGUAAGUUCAAAAUGCCUUUAUCCUAAAAGUGGUCUUAGUUUAACGUAGAUAUAUAUAUUGUUGAAUUCCAGAGAAGAUGCCUAAAUUUUACAUUUGUUCAGUAUUUAGGUUUGAAAUUUUUCACAUCAGCAGUGGCUGUCCACUGAUUUCCUGAGUUAUGCAUUACUCCUGGAAGCAUUUUUAUUUUUCAUGUGACAUAAACCAAAUGCAGACAACUCUAAAAACAUCAUACAAUAAACCCAGUGUUACAGCCAGGGUGAAUGGAUCAAUUCCUUGAAUCAAACAGAUUGCCAAAUGGAACUUAAUAAAUAUGAAACAUAAUGAAACAUUUCUUAAGACGGUGCUUAUGUGUUUGCUAGCUGCUGAUUAUGAUCUGAAAUAGCACACCUAAGUGUCAGACUUUUGCACUGGAGAGAUAACUUCUGAUUGCCUAUAAUGGCAUAAUUGGGCCCACAACUAAUUUUGCAUUGUAGGAGGUUGUCUGCAUGAAAAAGAAAACUACCACAGUGACCUACAUUUGAAGCUCAUUUCCUGA